AUGCUUGCGUACGACACUUCCGUCAAACACUUGCCUACGACACUUGCGUUUGACGCUGUGCGCCCACACACUGCUUCGCGGCUCGCGCCACCGCUAAGUCCGACUGCGCCCGCGGCUGUCCCCGACGCCUGCGCCCUGAGCUACCCCUGGCACCAAUCGGCGUUCAUCCAAACGCACACGUAA